UUCUCCCACCCCCCGCGCCCUUUCUCUCUCUUCUGCAGCUGACUUAAGUCUCUCUCUUCCUACAGCCUCAGCCGUCAGCAGCCGAACGGGGCAGAAGUCUCCCUGUAGAGCUCACAUCCCCUCCUUCAGGCGCGACUCGUCGCCCUCUGCAAGUAUCCGCGCGUCAGAUAAGAUCGCUUUUUUUCCUGAAUUGCCAUUGCUGAAUUAGCACGAGGCUAAGCUUAAAUAUGAUAAAGAGGCGGUUCUAUAAGCUCGAACACGGCGACAAAGAUGAUCCCUCCGGUUCGUCUUCUUCGUCCUCCGACUCUGAAGUAGAGACUGGAGCUACGGACGAUUCAGAAGACGAUGCGGGUGAGGAACUCCGCGAGGACCACCCUGAGCCUUCUUCCACCUCUUCUGGAUAUGAAAGCGAAGAUAGCUCAGGCAAUGAGGUUGGCGUUGAUUCGACAGGUUCACCAGUAGAUGAGGAUGAUUCUGAGACGGGAAAUCAUGGGCAAAGUCUUUCUGAGAGUCCAUUACCCAGCAAGCUCCAGACCAAAAUAAAAAACCGAGAUUUUGAAACCACCGCCGAAGCUGAUGUGGUUCCAGCUGAUGCCCUAGCUUAUGUCUUAAAGUGCAAGUCCGUUUUCAGGUGUCGGAUAUGUCCAAGAAUUGUCUGCCUGAACGAGGAGUCUUUGAAGGCUCAUCUUAUAUCCAAGAGACAUAUUCGAUCCGAGAAACUACUCAAUGAUGGUCGGUUGAAGUCCAUGCUGAACAGUGAUGGGGAAGUCGAGGAUCAAGAGACAGCCGCAGAGAUGCAUGCCCGAAUCGUAUCAUUGGCAAAGGAUAAUCCUACAAAGAAAAAGAAAGGAGAACAGCAACCGAGAAAGAGAUUCAGAAAGAAGAAAAUGCAAGCUGAGUCUGACCUGGAAGACGCAAAGCGGGAAACAAAAAGCUCUUCCAAGAAACAACGUAGAAAAUGAGUGGAUUGGCAGGCUAUUCCUUAUCACUGAAUCCCAAGGAUGAUGAUCUCUUCUGUGGUUCAGUUGCGACUCAUUUCCGAGAAGACAAGCUGCUUGCAUAGGUUGCUUGAGUUUUUAGUAGUUCCUGGUGAACAUUGGAAACGUUCGCUGUUUGAUAUGUCCAAUUAUCAGUUUCUCAGCUUUUACCCAAACAUGCAUGUAACGUAUUUCUUAAAUUGUUACAAAAGUUUUAUUUUCCUCGUUA